AUGGCCCCAAUCGUCGAGUUGGCUGGGGAGGCCAACCCCCUGACCCCGCAUAAUGUUCUCAAUGCACUGGUUCUUGCAGCUAGCUCAACUCAGCAACAGGUGCAAUCGGGCACCCAGCAACUCCAGAAUUGGGAGAAGCAGGAGGGUUACUAUACUUCGCUUCAGGAUGUAUUUCUGGACCAUUCUGUUCCCCCUGAAGUUCGCUACCUCUCCAUCAUCCAGUUGAAGAACGGCAUCGACAAGUAUUGGCGAAAGACUGCGACAAAUGCCAUCAAAAAGGAAGAAAAAGAACGCAUAAAGACUAGGGCCUUACAAGCGGGUGUUGUCGAGCCGGCUCCUCUUCUGGCUCUUCACAAUGCGUUGAUGAUCGCUAAGAUCAUGCGCUAUGAAUUCCCCCAGGACUGGCCGGAUGCUAUCACCUCACUCAUUGCCCUCCUCCGCUCGUCUACCCAGCCUGGAGCGAACCCGUUGCAAUUGCCCCGGACCCUUAUCAUCCUCCUACAAAUCAUCAAAGAAUUGUCAACGGCCCGUCUGCAGAGAACCCGCGCGAAUCUACAAUCUGUUUCUCCAGAAAUUUUUCAUCUGUUGGGGAGCAUAUACGUGGACAAGGUGAACAACUGGGCUGUCAACCUGGAACAAGGGGGCUUUGAUGAGGCAUCGUUGCUAGAGGUGAUCGAGCAAAGCUUGGUCUCUCUCAAGGUCAUCCGACGUCUCGUUAUCGCCGGAUAUGAACACCCCAAUCGCGAUAAGGAUGUCUCUGACUUCUGGGUCCUGACCCAUACGCACUUCAGUAGAUUCCUGGGAUUUAUCAAUGGCCCCGCCACAAUGUCGGAGCCAAUCCAUAGGGCAGUCGAGAAACACUUGUUGCAACUUUCCAAGCUUCACGUCGAAAUGGCCAAGGAUCGCCCGGCAUCUUUUGCGUUGCUCCCGGACAGUAUACCGCUUGUCCAGUCCUACUGGACCCUAGUAGUCAAGUUGGGAGAAAAUUACAGUCAAUUGGGCGGGGAUGGUGAGCCAGAGGGAAAGUCCCUGAUGGAGAAGACUGGCCUCAGGGCUCUCCUUCUGAUCAGGGCUUGCUCCAAGAUGGCCUUCAACCCGGCGCAGACAUUCAAGUACCAGACACCGCAAGACAAGGAGGAGAAGAAACAGUCCGUGGAACUCAUCAAGGCCCAGCUGUUUACCCAUGAUUUCGUCGUCAACGUCAUGGAGCUUCUCGUCACCCAGUUCUUCCGGUUCAGGAAGAACGACUUCCAGGAGUGGGAGGAAGAUCCUGAAGAGUGGGAGAGGAAGGAGGAGGAUAUUGCCGAGGCCUGGGAAUUCUCCAUCCGGUCGUGCUCCGAGAAGCUCUUCCUUGACCUCGUCAUCCAUUUCAAGGAGUUGCUCAUUCCGCGUCUUUUGACCGUCUUCUACAACUUCGCAAGUAAGCAACCUCCACCGAGCCAUUCCAGAAGCAUAUCACUAACGAUCUCAAUAGGCCCUGAUAAUCACGACGUCCUGUUGAAGGAUUCCUUGUACGCCGCCAUUGGCCUGUCUGCAGCCAGUCUGGAGCAACAUUUGGACUUCAACAAGUUCCUUGAGACGACACUUGUGCCCGAAGUCCAAAUCCAGGAGCAGGGAUACAAUGUCCUCCGGAGACGUAUAGCCAUCGUCUUGGGCCAGUGGGUCCCCGUAAAAUCCAGUGAGCUCAACAGGAACGCCAUCUACCAGAUCUUCCAGCAUCUUCUCAGCAAGCAAGAUCCGUUGAACGACCUGGUGGUCCGCAUUACCGCCGGACGGCAGCUCAAGAACGUGCUUGACCCCUUCGAGUUCUCCCCUACUGAGUUCCUGCCGUAUGCACCGGCCAUCCUGCAAGACCUAAUGUCUCUUGUCCAAGAAGUCGAGCUUUCAGAGACCAAGAUGGGACUUCUCGACACAGUCCGAAUGGCAGUUGUGAAGAUGGAAGACCACAUCGCACCCUUCUCGGACCAAAUCUUGUCCUUACUGCCCCCGCUAUGGGAGAGCUCCGGCGAGGAGCAUCUGAUGAAGCAAGCCAUCCUAACGCUGCUUUCAUCCCUGAUCCACUCCCUUAAGCAGGAAUCCGUCAGAUACCACUCCCUGAUUCUGCCUCUCAUCCAGAACUCCGUGGAACCAGGCUCUGAAACCCUCAUCUACCUCCUCGACGAAGCCCUCGACCUCUGGUCCGCCAUCCUAAUGCAAACGCCGGCCCCCGCGUCCCCCGAAAUCCUCUCGCUGAUCCCAGCCCUCUUCCCCAUCUUCGAAGCCGCGACCGACAGCGUCCCCCAGGCCCUCCAAAUCGCCGAAUCCUACAUCCUGCUCGCCCCACAAGAAAUCCUCAGCGACCGCAUCCGCUUCCCCCUCCUCGUCUCCUUCGAAACCCUCCUGAAACUCACCACCAAGCAACGCCUCGGCGUCGUCCCCCGCCUCGUCGAACUCCUCCUCCGCGGCGCCAACACCGUCGACAACGGCAGCGAAACCACCUACAGCAUCAUCACACGCUCCCUCCUCGACAGCUCCUUCCUGCCCGCCCUGCUCGAAGGCCUCCACUCCGCCCACGAAGCCAGCCAAACCACCGGCCCGAACCGCAAACAAACCUCCGUCUACGGCGUCGUCGAAACAGACUACUUCUCCGUCCUGGCGCGUCUCGCCCUCGCCUACCCCAAGAUCUUCACGUCCGCCGUCUCCGCCGCCACCAACAGUCCCGAGGAAUCCGUCCUCUCAUGGCUCCUCACAGAAUGGUUCCUCCACUACGAUAACAUCGGCAGCUCCACGCAGAAGAAACUCCACGCUCUGGCCCUCACUCAACUCCUUACCAUCAACGGACCGGACUCUCAGCCCCCGCCUUAUCUUCUCAAUAACCUCCAGUCCUAUCUAACCAUGUGGACCGACAUCGUCACUGAACUCGCCGAAGGCGCACACGAUGGUAGUGGGGGUAAUACUGAUGAUCCUCGUGGGGGUAGUGAUUACUUGAUCUACUGGAAUAAUGCCCAGACGGGGGCUGUUGAUGAGCAUGAGCCGCCGGAGAAUGUGCGGCGUAGGGAAUGGGAUAACGAGGAUGUGCUGCAUAAGGUCAAUAUUCGGGACUUUAUUCGGGAGAGAUUGCAUUCGUUGAUUGUCGGGUGUGGUGGGGAGCAGAGGUUUCAGGAGGAGUGGUUGCUCAAUGUUGAUCGGGAGGUGGUUGCGUCGUUUGGGGCUUUGGGGUUGUUGUAG